UCUCGCGCCCUGGCCCCGCCCCGCUCCCCGGCCCCGCCCCUUCCCCAACCGCCAACGGCCGCGCGCGUGGGCCGUCCCGCGGCUCCCCGCAUCCUCUGCGCUCCGACGGCCCGGCGGCGCAGGUGCGCCCCCCGCGGCCCCGGGGACAUGGACGAGGCGGCGCUGCUGGGCGCGCUGCUGGGCGCGCUGCCGGGUCCCGCGGCCGAGCUGGCGACCGACCUCUUCGGCGCGGAGAGCGCGUUCGCCUCGGAAAACGUGGCCCCGAAAGGCUGGGCGGCGGCGGCGACGCCCGAGGAGGACGCACUGCGCGUGUUCCCGGACGCGUACCUGGGCCCGGCCGACCCGCGCGCGCCGGGCGCCGCCGCAGACAGCGCGGGGCCGGCGGAGCUGCCGGGCGGCCGGGAGGGUGAGGAGCUGCUGGGGGCGCUGCCCGAGCUCGCCCCGCUGGACGACGCCGCGCUGCCCGCCGGGCCGCCGCACGCCUACAGCGUCCACCUGCUGUCCUCGCUGCUGGCCCCGGCCCGCGGCCCCGCCGUCCUGCCCCUGGGCGCCUGGGCCCGCGAAGGAGCCGCGCCGCCCGGCGCCCGCGUGAUUCCAGUUGAAAUAAAGGAAGCAGGUGGUACUCUCACAAGUAACAAUCCGGAGGAAGCGACUUUUCAGAACCCUGUUGCCCCGGAACCCUGUUGCAAGUUGCCAUCAUCACAAGAAGCAGAGGAUGCCUCUGGCUGCGCUCAUAAGAAGGACGCCAACCCAAUGGUGAUAUGUCAGUUGAAAGGGGGUACACAAAUGCUGUGUAUAGACAAUUCUGGCACGAGCGAACUAAAAGCACUUCAUUUGGUUCCUCAGUAUCAAGACCAAAAUAAUUAUCUACAGUCAGAUGUCCCUAAACCAAUGACUACUUUAGUAGGAAGAUUUUUGCCAGUACCAGCAAAAUUAAAUCUCAUUACACAACAACUUGACAAUGGAGCUUUGCCAACCAUAGCCAAUGGGUCUGCUUUGCCCUCUGGAUCAGCUCUUCCAGGACCACCAAAAAUAACGUUGGCUGGGUACUGUGACUGCUUUGCCAGCGGGGACUUUUGCAACAACUGCAACUGUAAUAAUUGUUGCAACAAUUUACGUCAUGAAAUUGAGCGGUUUAAGGCCAUUAAGGCUUGUCUUGAUAGAAAUCCAGAAGCUUUCCAACCAAAAAUUGGGAAAGGAAAAUUGGGAGACGUUAAGCCUCGCCAUAACAAAGGAUGUAAUUGCAAGAGGUCAGGCUGCCUUAAGAAUUACUGUGAAUGCUAUGAGGCCAAAAUUAUGUGCUCUUCUAUUUGCAAAUGCAUUGGUUGCAAAAAUUAUGAAGAAAGCCCAGAACGAAAGACACUAAUGAACAUGCCCAACUACGUGGAAAUUGGAGGCGUUGAAGGCAGCCAUCAUUGGUCACCAAGUAAAUUUUCAGGACUACCAAAAUUCAGAAAAGAUAGGCGGGCUCCCUCGUGCAUCUCCUGGGAGGUGGUGGAGGCCACGUGCGCCUGUCUGCUGGCUCAAGGGGAAGAGGCGGAGAAGGGGCAGUGUUCUGAGUGCCUGGCCGAGCAGAUGGUCCUGGAGGAGUUCGGGAGGUGCUUGGCACAGAUCCUCCACACUGAGUUUAAAUCCAAGGGGUUGAAAAUGGAGUAGAGCCCGAGGGAGUCACCGCAAGUGCGUGUAGAGCUUGUCUCAGCGUUCAGAAGGAAAUCUAUAGUUUAGAAAGGUUAUUUUAAGGAACACGAGGCCCGGUCUGCAUCAGCAGUGACAUCCUUAGGAGCAAGCUUUCCCUCUGCCUCAGGGGACUCGGGGGGUGACUCAGGGUCUCUGAGGGGUUUGGCGAUCAAAACGCCCCUUUCUGAGGGAGUGCGUGGCGUAGCCAGGUCGUCUGGACCAGAGCAGACUGCGGGUUCCUGUGACCCCGGAGAAUUGUCUGAGCUCACACCGAGGAAUGGAGGGCGAAGCAGGCCUGGAGAGAACAAAAGCCCAUCCCUACUGACUUCACCCUCUCCCGGGGAUUUUCCUCUAGAGGAUUCUCUGCAUAAAAAACCAUGAUCUUCCCCCAAAUUACUUAGAAAUGAAUUCUCCAGAUGGGCUGCUAGGAUACAGCUUAAAAUCUCCAGAGAGCUGCUGAAUACCCUGAAGAGUUUCUGAGUGUAGAUGCUUCCCCAGAAUCACAUGAGUUAUCAGGCUCUACCAGGGCCCCCGGGACGCCAGAGGAGGCCACACAGGCCAUUCUUCCAUCAGUAGCGUCUUGAGUUGUGGGACUGAAAAUUAUCUGGUUUUUAUGUAGUUCUAUUUGAAUUGUGGAAAAGCUCUAUUAUCCAAUUAAUUUCUCCAUAAUUAUUGUUAUAAUAUUGUUUGUAAAAUAUGGUUAAAAUAACUAGUUUGCAGAAACUAGCAGGUAAGAUUAGUUAAGUUGACUCUGUUUUGGUUCUGUUGUGAAAGCAAAGAAGAAUAAAAAUUUUAAACAUCUUC